UUUUCUAUUUUCUUUCCCUAAAUUCCUGUGUCUGUGUUCUCUUUCGCUUCUCAAUCACUCCAAUCCAAAGAGGGCAUGACGACCUAGGGUUUGAUUAUCUUCACCUCUUUUCCAAUUAGUGUAUUGCUCUUCUAAGAUUCAAGCUAUCUGCUUUUGCUCACACUUUUUAUCUUCAUCUUUGAAUCGUUUCUUUCUUUCUUUCUUUUUCCCCUCAGUUUCGCUUUCUUUCACUAUUCUUCCCCAAACUUGCACCGAACUGAGCAAACGUGGAAACUCUGAUCGGAGCCCCACCCAUUUUACCUCAACUUUCGAUCCAUGAAUUAGGAAAGCCAAGUUUUCAAAUUGAUGAGAAAAUAGUUGAGCUUGCUCAUCAGCUCAAUUGCCUUUCUGCUUUGACCUUCCAUUCAUUCAAGCAUCAUUUCAGUGAGGGAUUGCUCGAAUAUUUGGACCUGAAGUGAGCUAUUUGAGGACGGUUGCUCAUUGUAACAGGGUGACUGGCAUAAUAAGACAGAUGAUAAUCAAGCUGGGAAGAAAUUAUUAUGCCUGACCUGUUUUUAUUGGCCUAGAUAUUACAAUAUGGAGGACGAGGAUGGGCUUGAGCUCAGUUUGGGUCUAUCUUGUGGUGGCUCCUCUGUCAAACCUAAGAGUAAGAAUGGUAGCUCGUCAGAUACUAGGGCAGAAGAGGUUGGUAGAAGUGGCAAAUUGGUUGAUGAAUUCAAGAGCAUAUUUGAUGCUGGUUUUCAGAAACCGGAUUCAGUUGGAGCACAAACAACUGAUUCCUCGAAACCUGAGGAGAACUUCUUUAGUGACCUUUCAAAGGCCAAAGGAGAGAAUGCAUCUCUGAAUUUAAAUGGGAGAGGAUUUUGGGUUGCAAAUAGUAACAGACCUGUUCAAAUUGGGGAAGAUAAACAUUUAGAGAUGGGAAGUAAACGAAAAAUGUCUUUUGAUGAGAUAAAUCAUCAAAAGAGGCAUGGAAGUGAUGUUCAUCAUGCUGACUUACAUGACAAGGCAAGAACAUCACAUACUUCUAUGACAGAAGAUGGCUCAGCUGCUGAAAAAGAAGAUGUCGCAGAUUCUGAAGCUGACAACUCCACCUCUAGGCCCAUCUCACACCUGGUUGGUGGUUCCAAACAAUUCAUUAGAAUUGGUGUUUCUUCUGAUGCUCCAAAAGAUGUACGUGGAGUUGCUGAUUUGAGUGCUACUGACUUUAAUGGGGAGAAAAGGUUUAUGGGCUCAUCAGAAAAAGAUUUUAAGCAUGCAAAUUUGACUUACGGUGCUUCCUUCUCCGUCCAACCAGUAAAUAUGAUGAAUGCGCCUUACCCAUCCCUAGUGAAAGAGUCCAACUCUGUUCAUGCACCAAGCCCUCCGAUAUCUGGAGUGAUGCAUAUGAUGCCUAAUGCAACUAGUGACAGCUCUGGAGCCCAACCUGUGAGUAAUGCGAGCUUGCCAGCGAUGUGUGGCUAUCCUUCUGCUCAGCUUCCAAUUUUGGAUGGUUUGAUUUCUCAUUCUCAACAGCUACACCCUUCCUUUGCUGGGAGGGGUCCAUCAAACACAGCUGCCAUACCUGUAAUCUCGAACAAUAUAUAUGAGGCUACGCCAUAUGAAGGAAGACCAUUAGAAAAAUCCAAAGGAAAUGCAAAACAGCGUGUUACUGAAGAAGGCUCCUCUUCACAGCCUGAAGUUGUGAAAGGAAGCAGCACAAAUCUCAGAGCAAAAGAUGUAUCAGACCAAGCAACAGGAGAAGGUUCCUCAAUUGAUUUUUCCGUUAUUAAGCCAGGUCUUGGAGCAGAUGUGAAAUUUGGCGGGGGUGGUUCCUGCCCAAAUCUACCUUGGGUAUCCGCCACAGGUUCAGCCUCAAAUGGUAGGACAAUAUCUGGUGUUACUUACAGAUACAGCAAUAAUCAAGUCAGGAUUGUUUGUGCAUGUCAUGGUUCUCACAUGACUCCUGAGGAGUUUGUUCAGCACGCAAAUGAAGAUCAAGCCCAAGCCGGUCAAGAGGGCGGUGCAGUUUUGGGGACAGUAGCAAAUGGCAAUCCUGCAGCCUCUGCUCACAGCUAGAUUAUUAUAAUAUCCAAGUUCAAUUUUACUUGUAGUUCUCGUUGAGAGAAUCUAUUAAGUCGGGCUUUAAUUUUAUAUAAAUCAAUGAGAUUCCUCUCAUUUCUUUCCGGUAUUCAUGUUGUCAGGCUUCCCUUUUAUUAGUUGUAUAGCUGCAAUCAACAUUGCAGUUGUAUGCAAUAAUAGCCUGAAUAACUUGUUCCCUCAAAUAGUGAUUAAACAUUUUAUUUUAUGCCAUCAAUUGUGGUUGCAAAGUUUCCCCCCUUACAAUGAAUCGAAAGAAUAAA